AAGCAGCCAAUCGAGGCAAACAUGGGAUUGAGUGUGGAAACAAGUUAGAUAGAGGGGCGCGCUUCAUGCCGAAAAACCCGAAUAAGGCGCUCUAGAAAAUAAGAAUUUGUAUGUGUAUUUGCGGUUAAUGUGUGCAGGCAAUUUAUAAUUUCAUAGGCAGUUACAACCGUUCACCUCAGAUCAAGAUAUCAGAGAUUAAUAGACUAAGUCGGUGAUGACACAGGCUGUCCUAAUUUGCUGCAUGAAUCUAAGCCAGUGUCCUGUUGAUCAAAAUACAACACUACAACUUUGAAGUUGACAGCUUUGAUGUGGCACAGUGUUGAAUCCAGUGAAAGAUGACGGACGAAGUGAUAGUCAUCGCUAAGUUUGACUACAUUGCACAGCAGGACCAGGAGCUGGACAUCAAGAAGAAUGAGAGGCUGUGGCUCCUGGACGACUCAAAGUCCUGGUGGAGGGUUCGUAACGCCACCAACCAGAUGGGAUUUGUGCCUUCCAACUACGUGGAAAGGAAAAACAGUGCCAGGAAGGCCUCUAUUGUGAAAAAUCUGAAGGAUACUUUAGGACUCGGGAAGGUCAGAAGGAAGCCCAGCAUGAGGGACACUGCCUCCAACGCCGACUCGGACUUGUUCUCGGACAACGGGGAGCGGCUGUACGACCUCAACCUGCCGGCGCUGGUCAAGUUCAGCUACGUGGCCGAGCGCGAAGACGAGCUUUCGCUGGCCAAGGGCACGCGGGUGGUCGUCAUGGAGAAGUGCAGCGACGGCUGGUGGCGGGGCAGCUACGAGGGCCGCUCGGGCUGGUUCCCCUCCAAUUACGUGACCGAGGACCCAGACGGUUCGGCCGGCGACGCGGCGCUCUCGCUGACGGAGAAGCUGGCGGCGGCCAUGCGCGGAGCCAACGGCAGCUCCGCUCUGGACACCGUCCAAGCCCUCUACCCCUUCAGCUCGGGCAACGACGAGGAGCUGGCCUUCGAGAAGGGCGAUGUGAUGGAGGUGGUGGAGAAGCCCGAGAACGACCCGGAGUGGUGGAAGUGCCGCAAGGCCGACGGGCAGCUGGGGCUGGUGCCAAAAAACUACGUCACGGUGCUGCGCGACUCCCACAAUGCACCUGGAGACGCCGGCCCGCCCACCCCUGACUGCGACUACAUCGAGCCCUCGGGGACCGGGAGGUUCGCCGGACGGCUUUGGUACUACGGUAAGGUGACGAGGCACCAGGCCGAGGUGGCCCUCAACCAGAGGGGCGAGGACGGUGACUUCCUCAUCAGGGACAGCGAGUCUUCGCCCAAUGACUUCUCCAUCUCGCUGAAGGCCCACAGCAAGAACAAGCAUUUCAAAGUGCAGCUGAAGGAGGCUCUCUACUGCAUCGGACAGCGCAAAUUCGACUCCAUGGAGGAGCUGGUGGACCAUUAUAAAAAGGCUCCCAUUUUUACCAGUGAGCAGGGAGACAAACUGUACCUGAUCAAGGCUCUGACCUCUUCCUGAUCGCAGUGUAAUUCCAGCUCUGGACACCUUCCCCGCUGGUGAAAACCCCAAAUCAUUUCAAGAGGAGAUGGGUAAAUCCCUGUGGACUCCUAUAUCGGGGGAAAAGAAACGUUUGGACUUCUGGGAUAUCAUCCGGUUCGUUGAUUUCACAAGCCACCUUUGGCUCACAGAUAAUUCAGUGUAUAUUGAACUCAGCAUCUGUAAGCCACACUUUAGUGCUAUGUAUAUCUAUAUAUUUUUUUUUAAGCUUCCUUCGUUUAAAUGUGAUAUUUCUUUAAAAGUGUGAUUGAAUGGCAUUUUUAAGGGUCUGUUGUCAAUCUAGCUUGGAGGAAUGAGAGUCACAAAUUUAAAAGGAUAGCAUAUACCCUUCUCCCACUUGUCGCUACCACGGGUAUCUAGGCUGUCACAAUUUCUAUCAACUGCAUUUAGAAUUGUUCAUUUAUUUUUGUUAAUGCCUCGUAUUGAGUGAAAACAAAUGACCAAAGUGUAUUUAUUGGUGGUGUAGGGGCAGAUUCUAGUACGUUGGCCUCGUGACAAUUUUUUUGGAGUCAAGUUUGUUGCCUUUGCCACCACAGAGAUGGCAUGCGGCUCAAACUUGUGUCCCCACAGGGCAGGGCCACAUGUAUACCUGCCCUAGCUGGGAGACAUCAGGCUGGCCCCUGGCAGAGUUGAGUCUGUCUCCGUGGAGACCAACGAGGGACAGUGCUGGUCACCUGGCUCACUGAACUGUUCUUCACCCCUCUCUUCUCGGAACCCGGAAUAGCAUGUGUCACCUGAUAUGUGUAUGUGGUCAUGUCUGUCCAGAUAAGACUUUCCUUUUGCUACAGUUGGCAACAUUGAUUAAAGAUUGAGAUAAAAGUU